UAGAAGAUUUUUUUGGGACUUCAGAGACUAUGUUUUAAUGAAAAAAUGGGUUGUUUACAAUUCAGAUUUAAGAAAGAAUUUCUAACAUAAAUUCAGAAAAUAUUUUUCCAACAAUUUUUUUUUAUGAGCUUGAGUUGAACUGGAGUAUUUUAUUCAUAGGUGCAUUGUUAUUUCUUAAAAAAAGGCAUCUGAGAACUAUCAAAUAAAGAGUCAAGACUUUGCCCUUUUUUGUCUAAGAUGUUUGAUCUCACUGUAAAGUAACAAAGUAACAAACAAUCUAAUUAGGCCUAAUUUCUUUAAACUAUGAGACUGUUAUGCCCACACACAAUCAUGUGAGUUCUAUGUUCUUAAAACGAAUUUAAAAGGAAAUGCAUUGUAAAGAUGCCUCAUUUGAGCUGUUUAAAAUGGCUUUUGAUUGCCAUAAUUUCUAAAAGGAGCAACAAAAAGGAUGCCAUUAGGACAAAAUAGAGUUUCACAGCAUGAUAGAAAAAACAGUUCUUGACCAGAUCUUUGGAAAAAAAUGUAGCUAAAAAGGAAUCAAAUAAAAAAUUGUUUAGUAAGGUGUAACAACAAGAAGUUAGAGGUUUAUGUGUUUAUUUGGAAAAUGAAUUUAUGAGUAAUACUAGAACUAGUUUUUUUAUUGUUUACUUUGACUUUGUGAUUCGUUAUUUGGUUUGCUUUGGAGUUUUGUUUUGAGUGGUCACAGGUUGAUAAGAGUACAAUAUAAAUUCUCCAUAUUGUUUCGAGCAAAACAAAGGGUCUAGCCGAAGACACUAAAAGAGGGAAUCUUUCUAGGAGGCAACGUAGAGAACCUAAGUUGGAAGAGCAAACCAUGUUUUGUGUCGCAUAAAUCUCGUGUAUAACUAGUUUAAAAAAGAAACAAAAAAACCGACGCCAUAAAAAGAAAAAAAUGCAAUAAAUGGCUAGGUAGGAAAAAAUGAAAAAAAUGAAUAAAAGCUCUAGGCGAUGAAGGCUGCUUGGGUUUCCAAUCUGCGAUAGGCGACAACUGUAAUUCAGAUCUGAUGGGUCAGCAAAGCUCUAAUUCCUAUUAGCUAUGAAUCUGUUCAAAUUUGAUCUAGUCUGCAGCAUAGAAGAAAAAAAUUCAAAUUUUAACUCAUGGAGUUGUAUUCAAUGGUGGGAAGAAGGCAAAGAAGAAGAAGCUGAAUCCACCCGACGACGGACCCGACAUAUAUAUUAAUUUAAAUUUAGAAGAUGUAUAUUUAAAAAUGUGAAAAAUGAAGGUUUGAAGCCCCAAUUUGAAGCCACGGGGCUUCAAACCCAUUUCCAGUGAAAUUUGGUGUAAGUUAAAGCUGAUGUGGAAGAGAGAGAAAGUCUGAAGCUCCAGUUUGAAGCCCCGAAGCUUCAUAACCAUUUCCAAUGCUCUAAUAGUUUACUACCUCCGUCUCACUCUUUUUGUCCAGUUUUGACUUUUGGAACUGUUCAUAUAAGCACUUUGACUCAUCAAAUUCUCAAUCUAACCCACCCGCCGUUUGUUUCUCUUUGAUGGGUUCUUUCAAGUGUCAGCUCAGCCAGCACCCAUUCCUAACGACGGUUUUAAUCAUCCCCGCGAGUUGACUCAGUACUGCCGUUUUUUUAAAACAUCAAAACUCAGUUCAUGCAUUUGCAAAGAGGCCAAAUUGAAGAUCCUCUGAUAUAUUGUUCUUGCUUUCUUGCUUCAAGAUUGUAUUUUUUUUGUUUCGCUUUCAAGAAUCCUGUUGAACUUGUUCUGGGUGGCUUCUAAUUUCUAAAAAAGACAGAAAGAUUGUUUCUUUUUUUGAUUUUUGAUUUUUUUUGGGGUGGUGAGAGGGAAAUGUCAGGUGGAGGAGAGAGCUCAAGGAAGAUUGACCAGACCCCAACUUGGGCUGUGGCGGUUGUCUGUACGGCUAUUAUUGUCAUCUCUAUUGCCUUGGAGAAGAUUAUCCACAAGCUUGGAACGUGGCUGGCGGACAGACACAAGAAAGCUUUGUUUGAGGCUUUCGAGAAAGUGAAAGCCGAAUUGAUGAUUCUCGGAUUCAUCUCGCUGAUCCUUGUAUUUUGUCAGAACUACAUUCCCGGAAUAUGUAUUCCAACACAUGUUGCUGACACUAUGCUGCCAUGUAAAGCCACUGACAAUGAGGCUAAAGAGGAGGAACACCGUCGGAGGCUAUUAUGGUAUGAGCGCCGGGGUUUGUCAGCCAGCGAAGCACGAAAAUGCAAGGAGGGAUAUGUAGCCCUCAUAUCUGUUGAAGGGCUGCACCAAAUACACAUCCUUGUUUUCUUUUUGGCAAUCCUGCACGUGGUUUAUAGUGCCGUUACUAUGUUGCUGGGGAGACUAAAGAUCCGGGGAUGGAAGCAGUGGGAACAAGAAACUUCGUCUCACAAUUACGAAUUCUCAAAUGAUCCUUCAAGAUUCAGACUUACUCAUGAGACAUCUUUUGUGAGAGCUCACACGAGUUUCUGGACCAGAAUUCCAAUAUUCUUUUACAUUGGAUGUUUUUUCAGACAAUUCUUUAGAUCCGUAAGCAAGUCUGACUAUUUGACCCUGCGCAACGGCUUCAUCAGUGCUCAUUUAGCCCCGGGAAGUAAAUUUAACUUCCAAAAGUACAUUAAGAGGUCAUUAGAGGAUGACUUCAAGGUAGUUGUGGGAGUCAGUCCUGUGCUUUGGGCAUCCUUUGUGAUUUUCCUGCUCCUAAAUGUGAAUGGUUGGAGGGCAUUGUUUUGGGCAUCUGUUAUUCCUUUAAUUAUAAUUUUAGCGGUCGGGACAAAACUUCAAGCUAUUUUGACCAAAAUGGCCCUUGAGAUCACCGAAAGACAUGCAGUAGUUCAAGGAAUCCCUCUUGUGCAAGGAUCCGACAAAUACUUUUGGUUCGGUCGGCCUCAAUUAGUUCUACACCUCAUUCAUUUCGCCUUAUUUCAGAAUGCUUUCCAAAUAACAUACUUCUUGUGGAUAUGGUAUGAGUAUGGAAAGAAAAAUUGCUUCCAUGAAAGUUUUCAGCUGGUCAUUGUGAAAAUGGCAAUAGGGGUGGGAGUUCUGUUCUUGUGCAGCUACAUUACGCUGCCACUUUAUGGGCUCGUGGCUCAGAUGGGUUCGCGCAUGAAGAAAUCAAUCUUUGAUGAACAGACGUCAAAGGCGCUGAAGAAGUGGCAUCAUAUGGCCAUAAAGAAGAAGAACCCAAGUGGAGGGGGGAAGUCUCCAACCAGAACCUUGGGUGGUGGGACCCCACCGUCCUCGUCCGCGGUCCGUUCUACCCCUGCACUCCAUCGGUACAGAUCUCUGGGCAUCCCAACCCGAUCCUAUCCGUUCGACGAUGAGGACGCUUUUGACCCUGAAAACGAUUCGUCAGCGCCGUCCAAUGAUGCAGUAAUGAUGCAAGUUGGUGAUGGUCCCAAGGAAGAAGAACAAGUGGAAGUGAAAGGAGAAGGCACAAAGAGUAGUGGUGGAGGCAGCUUUUCAUUCCCAAAGCCAACAACCCCUUAGAAGAAGCUAUAUUUUCACUAAGUGCGCCCAAUUGCAUACAUAAUAUAUACUGGUACAACUUUUUCUUUCACUGGAUUGUUUUAGUUGUGUUUUUUACUCAUUGGCUGCAUGCUUUACGAGAGAAGUGUCAAAUAGUGGCAAAGGUGCUAGCUAGGAAGAUGUAGAUGAACUUUUUGUAUACUGUAAUUAACUGAGAUUUCUUCAUAAUUCGUAAUAAAGAACUUUGUCUUAG